GGAGCAGUCACGCGCACACACACGCACCCUAUCGGAGCGAGGUAUGGGCCAUGGUCUAGGCUACUCCGUGGGUUUUAUUUUAAAGAAACGUCGUGCUAUCAGCAGGCCCAGACAACGGUCAAGGAAGGAGCUACGCCCCUAAAUGGAUGAAUAUCCAACAUAACAGUGUGAUCACUGAGGCCUGUGGCGUCAAUCCAAUCCUCUUGCCAGGCAGGGUGCUUGGGGAAGGUAGUCGAUGCCGGAUCGCAAAGGCACGGUGUGGACUUUUGGCUGAUCUACUGUAUAUCCCUGGGAUCCAACCUUUCUAACAACGGAUCAGUUACUGCAGGAUGAGUUUGGAACUUCAAGAAUCGCAGGAAAGUUAACAAGCUGAUGAAACCGUCUUGAGAGAUGAUGAAUCGUUACACCACCCUGAGGCAGCUGGGUGAUGGCACCUACGGCAGCGUGCUGAUGGGGAGAAGCAACGAAUCAGGAGAACUGGUGGCUAUCAAGAGGAUGAAGAGGAAGUUUUAUUCAUGGGAAGAAUGUAUGAACCUAAGAGAGGUGAAGUCGCUAAAGAAGCUUAACCAUGCGAAUGUGGUGAAACUGAAGGAGGUAAUCAGAGAGAAUGACCACCUCUACUUUGUCUUUGAGUAUAUGAAGGAGAACCUCUACCAGCUUAUGAAAGACAGAGAGAAUAAGAUGUUCUCAGAGAAUGAAAUUAGGAACAUCUUGUUUCAAGUGAUAUCUGGGUUGGCUUUUGUACAUAAGCAUGGUUUCUUUCAUCGAGACAUGAAGCCAGAGAAUCUGCUGUGCAUGGGUCCAGAACUGGUCAAAAUAGCAGAUUUUGGACUGGCCAGAGAGAUCCGCUCCAAACCUCCCUACACAGACUAUGUAUCAACCAGAUGGUACCGCGCUCCCGAGGUCCUGCUCAGGUCGUCGACUUACAGCUCUCCUAUCGACCUGUGGGCUGUGGGCUGCAUCAUGGCUGAACUCUACACCCUCAGACCUCUUUUCCCUGGGAACAGUGAAGUGGAUGAGAUCUUUAAGAUCUGCCAAGUCCUAGGCACCGUCAAAAAGACAGAUUGGUCAGAGGGCUACCAACUGGCUUCUGCUAUGAACUUUCGCUUCCCCCAAUGUGUGCCGACCCACCUGAAGACCCUCAUCCCUAAUGCCAGCAAUGAGGCUAUCGCCCUGAUGAGGGACAUGCUGCAGUGGGACCCCAAAAAAAGACCCACUGCUGUGCAGGCCCUGCGUUACCCGUACUUCCAGGUAGGCCAGAUCUUAGGGCCUCGUCCUCAGAGCCAGGAGGUCAAGAAGGUCCAGGCCAGGCCGCUGGCCCAGAACCAGGUCUCAGAGUCCAAGGCUGAUCCCCAGCAGUCUUCCUCUGAGUCCAAAGCCUCCACAUCCUCCUCCAGGAACCAACAGCAGCAACAUCAUCAGCCUCUUCAGCAGAUUCCCCUUCCCCAAACUGAGAGUAAACCAGCCGGCCUCUGCCAGGCGAAAGCAGCAUCGCUGGGCAGCGAGAACAGCAAUGGUGGUGGUGGUGGGAUGGGGGUACUGAAGAGUGGCCGUCGUCGCUGGGGCCAGACAGUGGCCAAGACCUUGGACAGCUGGGAGGAAUCCGACCCCUUGGAAACCGCCGCCUCCAACUCCAAGAAACCCAGCCUGGGGAACGCAGAGGAACAGAGGAGCCCUAAGGAGCACCGCCCACAGCCCAAGGAGCAUAAACCUCUGUAUUCCUUCAGCACAGUCACUAAGCUACCCAACAAUGUUAAGAUUGGUCAAAUGGACUCCAAUCUCCCAGGAUCUGCUGCACGACAGCACUAUCUGAGCCAGUCACGAUACUUGCCAGGGUUGAUCGGCAAGAAUCAGACUCCUGGAGAGAAGGAGCUGAGUGGUAUGACGCUGCGGGACCUGUGGGAGAACUCCUCAAACGCUGUAAAUAAACCGCUUGCUCCUAUUGGAGGAGGAUUAUCUGUCACCAGAGCCAACGCAGAAGAGAAUGCUUCUAAAUCUGAGGAUAGCCCACCAGAGAAAACGGUUGUUAAAGAGAGAAUACUGGAGAAAAUAGAUCUCUCCAAAGGGAACUUUGUAAGCACCAAAUACAACCUCUCUGGCGGUUAUAUCCCAUCAUUCCAAAAGAAAGAGGUGGGCUCAGUUGGACAGAGAAUCCAGCUUGCCCCUUUGGCUGGCCAGCACACAAUCAAUCUUUCUUCUUCUCCUGAUAAUAAAAUAGACAAAUCGAAAUCUGCGAAGCCCAAGCCCAUAUCCAACUCAUCUUUGAGUGAAAGUAAUGAAGAUUACGAGGGCUGGAAGAGGAGGGCAGACAGGACUCAGAUGAAGGGGAGCAGCUACUCAGCCCUGGGGAAAACCUCUGGGAGUCUCCUGAGCAGAGCUCCGCCCGUGCAGCCUGUCCACGGCAGGGUGGACUGGACAUCCAAAUAUGGCGGAAAUCGGUAGUUCAGAAAGAGGGUCAUACAGCUUCUACUGCUUGUUGCACUGUGUAGCCUACAUGUUUGGCUAAGGAAGUUGACCCUACGCUGUUCUAAACACACUGAAACCUGAAGGAAACGCAGUAUGUACCCUGAAAGAAAUUACAUCUUCAAUAUGGAGGUAUCUGGUAGAGGACAAAAAGUAGUUGUACAAAGAUGCACAUCCCACAUUCUUUGAGGAGACAUUUUCAAUGCCACACUGGGAUCAUUAUUUUGUUUCCAGAGAUGUAGGAUCUAACUGUAAAAGUGCAUGGAGUCUCCAUGUUUUGGAGAUAACCGCUGCCAUGAUGCUGAACCAAGACUAAUACUGUCUGCAAGACAAUCCCACUGUGUUCCUGAAGGAUCCAGUGUGAGCCAAUUCUACUGUUAGUGUUGGAGUAUUCUGAGAAGGAUUUAAUUGUAGCAUAGCAUUUCAUUUUUAUACUCAGUUUAUUAACAGUUUAUUAUUAUUUUCAAGUAUUGUUUUACUACUGACGCCAAGCAUAAAACGGUCAUUUAUUAACGGCUCCUGCAAUGCUAUGUUCCCUCGGCUUCUAGUCUCACAAAACAAUAUUCUGUGUAACCGCUACAAAAAUGAUUACUUCAACUUAUUCUGUGUACCGUGAGACAGCUGCACACCUCUUUGUAUUAUGCAAUGAAUUAAGUGAACAUUUUGUAAACAUUUUAUACAAAUAAAAUCUAUAAAA